AUGAUCGUUGUCCGCCAUACAGUCAACCCUAGAAUGUCGCCCACAUACUUUCACGACAUCCUGUCAAUAUUUUCAGAUCCACUGUCGUGGGCGCUUCUCAGCUUUUAUGUGAUCAUGGCAAGCAGUCUCCACGCCUUGAUCCUGAUUCCCGCCAACAUCGCGUUAAAGAACUACAGCGAGAUCGUUGUACACAUCAGCGAAAAGGGCAUCACACAGGUCAACGAGCGAUACAUCUUGACCCGGUCUUUUUCCAUUGUCCUUGGACUCGCCUACGGAAUCAACCAUCUGCUAUAUCAGAAGGAUUGGCUGUCAUUCACAGAAGUCCAAUUGAGCACUGUGGAAUACAUUUUCAGCCACUACUGGAAGGGCGCUGUCAAAAAGUCAGCAAGGUUCGCCUUCAAGCUCACAAGCGCAUUCUGGUUCGGCUACAACAUUUUUCUGAGUCGAUUUCUGGUGAACAGUGCUAUGCGGCUUGUGGCGGAAGAUAUUCUCUAUCACGCUCCUCAGUACGGGCCCCGCUGGUACAGUAUUGGGCUAGCCACGCGGCUAUAUUUCACCUCGUUUUCAAUUGCCGUUUUCAUGGAAUCUAUCCACAUCCUGUGCGACCAAUUCUUGGCCAAGAAAAUGAAUAUCACGUCAACAUCUGUGGAUCCAACUGCCUGCAUCGUUACUGGCUUGAAAGUGGACGGGUCCAGCACAACACCAGAAUCACUCCUGACUUACCAUGCGUACCAAGAGUUGAAUCAUAUGGCUGGAAAUGACCCCGCACGACGAUCAGAGAUCUUUGCUGAGGCAGCAAUGGUGCCAUCCGGAUGGAAACAGAUAUCGUCACAUUGCAUGGACCUCUUGGCUAAGGCUACCAACCGGAUCGACAAAUCGUCUUCCAAUGCACCUCCUGCUGCUGCUGCGGUGCCGCAGACACUUAACACAUCAGUUCGACGACGUCUCCCAGCGGAUAAAGGCGGCGCUUUCGAAACGAACAUUUUCCGACCUAGCAAGCACGAUCAUUUCUUUGACAGUUUCAAGGGGCCAAGCACGGAGGAAAUCCUGGCUCACUCGAGAAUUGAGGCUGACAAGUCGCUGGCAGACGCAAAUUCGAGCAAGAGGCCGAACUUGGGAGGAUCCAGGGAUAGAGUCGAGCUUGUGGCUUUCCGCUGGAUAAGCAAGAGCCUCCAGGAUCAGGUGUUCAAAUAUCCAGAAUUGCAAAAACAGCUCAGCAGUAUUCCCAACCCAGCACUCUUUUACGCGACCGAGGACUUUCAGCUGACAGUUUGGUCAUUCCAGAGCCUGGCUCGGUUAGUGGUAGCUUCUUACAGCGAGGAUCGUUGCGGGGUCGUGCAGAAGGAUAUUCCCAAGGUUCUGGAGACGAUGCUUGGACUGCUGAUGUCGCUGGAGUUCUUUCUGGUGACAGAAGGAAGAUUGGAGAAGUUCGUGUCUGGUCCUUAUUCUGCACAUGUGGAUGCUCAGAAAGUGGUCAACAGCCGUUCUAUUGCUUUAGUCCAAGCCCUCAAGGUAUCGAUUUACCAGAUCGUGAUCACAUUCAGGGAGCAUCUGGGCGAAUUCGUACUGGCGGCAGCAUAUGCAGACCGCUUGAAGCACUUUAUCGAGUUUGAUGACUAG